AUGAACAACAGGAUGUUCUCCUACAUGGCUGGCAUCUUCUCUAUUCUCAUCACCAUCCAGUUCCUCAUCUUUGAACUGAACCAAAUUUCGUUCAUCGGCUUUGAGGAGAAGUUUAACAUCUACUUGGACACAAAGUCCACAGCCCUCUUUUGGAUCAAGAUUUAUAGGAAAACCAUCAACACCACCCUCUCCUGCAUCACUAUCUUGGUCAGCGGCUUGCUCCUCUAUUGCAUCCACACAAACAGAUAUAGGGGCAUACUGUGCUAUGCUCUGUGGAUCUUUGUCUAUGAGUGCAUCUGCUUUUCCCUGGUUCUGCUCAUCAUCGGGACCAUCAGAGAGCAGUUCAAAGAGAUGGGUUACAUACAAUUGUUCUUCCAAAUAUCACGCAUGGCCCUGCAUUUCUCCUGCAUGCCUUUUAUCUCCAAGUAUGCAUAUGCCCUUUACAAGGACCCCAAGACUUUAGGCAAGGCAUGCCGUCACCGGCAUUCCUCUGUCAGUUCAAUGGAUUCGUGGGCACGUAUGGGACUGAGAACAACAUACCGCAAGUUAAUCUGA